UGGAGAACAGCGGGAAGCCAGGGGACCUGCGCGUCAGUGAGGUGUAUGCUGGGGACCCCGCUGUCAAGGGCAGCAUCUUUGUGCAUGAGCGAGCGUGACGCCCCGAUUUUAGAUCGGUAGAAUACCGCCGGGAGGCCAGAGCCUUUCAGCCAACCAGUCUUUUGAUCAUGAUGGUGAAUGUGACUUUAAGUUGUCAGCCUGACAACUGAGUACUGAGUGUAGCACCACCGUCCAGAGAACCCCCUGAAUGUACAAUUUAUGUACGGCAUUGGUGGCCAGACAUCAGAGAUCGCAGACAAGGUUGCCGAUCAUGAGUGGGAAGAGGGACGGCCGCUUUGCAGCUUCUGUUGGUGCUGUCACAUGCAUAGACUUCAGCCCAGUGUACCCAUACAAUUAUGCAGUCACUGCCUCCACGCGAGUGAUCAUCUACGAUGCGCACACUCGCAAGCCCAUCACAACCCUGUCCCGCUUCAAAGACAAAGCCUACUCAGGGACCUUCAGGAUCGAUGGCAAGCUGCUGGUUGCUGGUGGGGAGAAUGGCUUUGUGUUUGACCCGAAGAGCCAGACCUUGCUGCGGCAGCUGAAGGGGCAUGAGCGGCCGGUGCACACCACCCGCUUUUCUCCCUCAAAGAUGCACGUGCUGUCAGGGUCAGACGACGCUACGGUGAGGUGGUGGGAUGUCACAGCGGGCGAGCAGGUGUUCAGGCUGGAGGGCCACACAGACUAUGUUCGCUCGUCUGCCUGCAGCCCUUCCUCUCCUGACACCUGGGCCACAGGUGAUCACCCUUGCACGAUGACUCUGGAUCAUGGCGCGCCUGUUGAGGCGACAGUCUUUCUGCCUGGUGGCAGCCUGCUCGCAACCGCCGGUGGCACAGAGAUAAGGAUAUGGAGCAUGCUGGCAGGCGGGCGGCUGCUGGCGCGUUUGGCCAAUCACCAGAAGACAGUCACCAGCCUCGCCGUGGCGCAAUCGGCCGGGCCCGCCGCCGUCUCUGCACCACGCCUCAUCUCUGGCUCGCUGGACGCCCACGUGAAGGUGUACGAGCUGGAUGCGUUCAAGGUGACGCAUGUGUCAAAGUACCCGGCGCCCGUGAUGAGCGUUGCCAUCUCGGCCAAUGCUGCGCUGCUGGCAGUCGGCAUGGCGGACGGGCAGCUCUCCGUGCGCAAGCACUCCCACAACAAGGGCCCUGCCGGAGGCGGCCCAGCUAAGGCAAAGAAGGUGUGGAAGUCCACGUUGACGGCGGCGUCUUAUAGGUAUUUUGUGCGCGGCACCACCGAGAAGCCGUCAAAGGACGACGUGAGGAUUUCGCAGCCGGGCAUGCGCCGCCUGGCGCCCUAUGACCACAUGCUCCGUCACUUCCAGCGCGUCCCCUGUCCAUCUGUCCCGUACCGGGCUGCGCUGGAUGCGGCGCUGGCGACAGAGCAGGUUGAGGUGGUGGCCAACCUGUUGGAAGAGCUGGCUGCGCGCUCCGGCCUCUUCGCCGCGCUAGGUGGGAGGGACGCGCAGGGGCUGCUGCCGCUGCUGACUCACCUGGUCAAGCACCUGUCGGACCCGCGCCACUCCGACCUCUUCAUCGGCAUUGCCAACCGCCUCCUGGACAUCUAUGCCCCUGCGCUGGGCGUGAGUGAGGAGGUGGAUGCAAAGCUGCGGCUUCUGAGGGAGAGGGUGACGCUAGAAGCCAAGCUGCAGGCGUCCCUGGUGCAGCUGCAGGGAACACUAGACCCCAUCCUCCACGCAGCGCUCAACCAGCAGCCGCUGACUGAGGAGUAG